CCAUGCACUUGGCUUACGUAGAACGCAUUCAUCAUCACCUCUCAUUUUCACGUCUCCUCUUCACUCUUUAGCCUAUAACUAUCAUUCAGCGUAAUCUACACAAACUCUUCUUUUUAUUUUCUCUUUGAUCUAAUCCAAAAAACUCGUCGAUCAUAUCAUGCCGGGACGUUAUCACCGCCGGGGAUCCGACGAGUCAGUCAUCAUCUUCACGGUGAUGAUCACGUUGCUAACGUGCUCAGUAAUCAUCAACGCUUCAUCAUCAUCAGAGUCAGUCAACACGAGGAAGCUCGACGAGGUAGAUCCCAUAAAGUGCUCUCCAAGCUGCGUCCAAAACCCUCCUCCGCCAUCUCCUCCACCACCAUCUCCACCGCCUCCGGCAUGUCCUCCUCCGCCGGCUCUCCCUCCACCGCCGAAGAAAGUCUCACCCAACUGUCCACCGCCUCCCCCGGCUAAUUUCUUGUACAUAACGGGUCCGCCGGGAAAUCUCUACCCCGUUGAUGAGCAAUUCGGAGCGGCCGCCGGAAAAAGUUCUACGGUGGUGAAGCUCUCCGGUCUAAUCGGGUUUGGGCUUAUGGGGUUGUUGGUUCUUUGAAGCAUGAACGGAUCAAAAGAAAAGUUGAAGAUUUGUUGGUAUGUUGGAAUACUUUUUAAUUAGUUUUUUUUUUAUCGAAAAUGUUAUUGAUGGUUAGUUAAUAAUAAAUUUUCUAGCUAGGAUUAUAUAUAUAUGUUUCAUCAUAUUUUCCUAUAUCCAAAUUUUCUAAUGGGUUUGUUAAACCAAAUUAAUAAGGUGCGAAUAUGUAAAUCUAGAAUGUAAUCUCUUUAUGGGAUAUGUUCCUCUCUUUGUCAACUUGCCGUUCGAAUUUAUUCUUGGAA